GGGGUGCCUCUGUUCGGAGGAGGGAAGCAGUUCCAAUUUCAAACAAAAACAAGAAGACUGAGAAGAGAGUGGGUUAGACUUCUGGAACCAGGAAUUCCCCACAAAAAGAACGGAAAAAAAAACAAAAACACAUCCGUGAGGUGCAUCUUGUCAACUUUGCAAGCAAGAGCGGACUAUGCAAAGUUUGCAACCUUGCUCGCAAACAUUUUCCAUUUUUGCGCCUGAUUUAUUUUGAUGUGGGAAGCGUUUGAUAGCUAGCUGGCUGCUAAUUUAAUAAGAUAUCUUGUGUUUACGGUACAAUAUUUCUGUGGUGCCUUUUCAAAACUAUUUUGAAAGUGCUGUUACUUUUACCGUUAUUGGAAAAAAGAAUAUGCCCAGGUCGAAUAGGCAAAGAGAAUACAAACCUGGCGAUCUCGUGUUUGCAAAAAUGAAGGGCUAUCCACACUGGCCAGCGAGGAUUGAUGAGCCACCAGAAGGUGCGGUCAAGUCCCCUUCCAACAAGUAUCAAGUGUUCUUCUUUGGUACCCACGAGACGGCGUUCCUGGGGCCCAAGGACCUGUUUCCAUAUGAGGAGUGCAAGGAGAAGUUUGGGAAGCCUACCAAGAGGAAAGGCUUUAGCGACGGCCUCUGGGAGAUCGAGAACAACCCCACAGUGAAGGCUGCAGGGUACGAGCCAGAGAAAAAGGAGGCCACACCGAAAAGUACAGGGGAGCCGGCAGGGGGCCCGGGGGAAGGAGAGGGGGCUGCAGAUGGCAGCAGCGACGAGGAUGAGGGCAAUCUUGUCAUUGACGAAAAGAACGAGAAGGGAGGAGCCAAGCGGAAAGCGGAGGACUCGUUGGAGACAUCCCCAAAACGGCCUAAGGAUUCUGAAGGGGAGGGCGAGACGAAAGUGACACCUGACACUGAAGGGCUGGGUGGAGACUGCACCGAGCAGAAGCCCAAUGAUAAUGCGGGGAAGCAAAUGCCUGACCCAGUAGCCCCGCCCACUGAGACAGCUCCACCCGUUGCUGCAGCUGCACCCACCGAAUCAAAGCCAGCAGGCCAGGCUAACCUGCCAACUGAGGGCCAAUUAACAGCUGAGAAGGCUUUGACAGACAGCGCUUAACACCUUGGCUUCUGAGGCCACCCCGUACUACCAAGCAUUUUUGGAGACUGAGCAUUUAAAGAAUUAGCAGCAGAAUGUCUAGGUUUCUGCAGUUUAAAUAACGGAGACAUAUGUGAAGAACUUAAAUAUUGUCAAAGUGAAAACAAACUCAUGCCAGUAUUGGAUGUUGUUUAUCUGGGAUACAAUUAAACUGAGUUGCAGAGACCAGAUAUAAUACAGUAGUGAUGAACAUUUUAGCCUUGGGAAAAGGGGUGUAUUGUUUUUUAAGUGCAAUUACAAAGUUUGGCCACUAGGUGUUAACACACAUUAAUUAAGACUGAACA